UUCCCAGUGACGUCACAAGCUUGGUGCCGUAGUAAGAGGGACGAGAGGGACGGGUUCUUAUCAGCUUCGAAAUUAUCACUACCGGUAAACACUGGAAUUUUCGAAAUUUUGGAAAGUGAUCGACAAUUUUUUAAUGAAUUUUCGAAUUUAGUCAAACUAUUAUUACGUUUAGUAUAUUCUGCAGUAUUUUGAAGAAAUCUCACGUGAAGGUGAUUUGAAAAAUCGCUUGAAUAUGUUCCAAGGAAUAAGAACUAUUGAAUAUUGCUUGAAGAAUUUUGCAUCUCCUUUUCACUCGACGUAUUCAAUUCGAAAAGUAGUCUUACACCGAGGUAAACUGAACAAAUCAUUUCAUUGGUUUCAAAGAUUCAAGACUGUCGAUCGAUGUACAAAAAAUGCUCCACAGUAUCCGUUUUACUUGACUUAUUCAAUCCGCGAAGUAUCUUGUUGGAAAUGUGGAAUAGAAAAUUCAGAUAACUUCUACUGUGAGAAUUGUAAUGUUCUCCAAGAACCUGAUUUUAAGCAGAAUUACUUCGAUUUAUUCGGUCUACAGUUAUCGUAUAACAUUGACAGUCCAAAUCUAAUUUCGAAGUACCAUAAAUUGCAGAUUGCAUUUCAUCCUGAUAAACAUUCGAACAAAAGUGAGAAAGAAAAAGAAAUAUCGGAGAAGUAUUCUUCGCUGAUUAACAAAGCUUAUGCGACGUUAUCAAAUCCUUUACAACGAGGUUUAUACAUUUUGAAAAUGAAAGGUUCACCUAUCAACGAAGAGGGUACUUCGUCAAAUGAUAGUCAGCUUUUAAUUGAAAUCCUAGACUGGAACGAUGAUAUCGAUUCAAUGGAUGAUGCAAGAGAAGCUUCGAAAAUAACUGCGAAAUUGAACCAAAUUAUCUCAGAUUUAACGAAAGAAAUUUCCGAAGCCUUUGACCAAAAUGAUAUCGAAAAAGCCAGAAUAUUAUUGAAUAAAAUGAAAUAUUACACCAAUGUUUGGCAGAAAUUGAAAGUCAAGAAGCAGAAUUUAGGGAUACCAUCGGACUAGUGGAUAAUGUCGGAGAGAUAUUUCAGCUGUGAUGUUUAAUUUAAUAUAUGUAAUUUAUAAUAGUCGAUUUGGUCACAUGAAGCACUACGUGCGCGAAAAUAACGGUUAAUUUGUUAUGAGUUUAAAAAUUAUUGUAAAUAUACAUAUAUCUAUGUUUGA